AGUGAGCGGCACUGCGCCGAAGGCGAGCCGAGUGCGCCCGGCGCGCAGCCCAGGGUCCCAGCGCCACCUUUCCGGGUCCGGUUAGGGCCAGGAGUGGAAAGCGAGCCAGGCCGCGGAGGAGCGAAUAGAACUUGGCAGAAUUUGGGAUGUACGGAGUGAGGCUGCCGAGGACUUGACUCGCCCGCUGCCUCUGUCCCUCCGCGUCACCCAGUGGGCUCCGGGCCUCCCAUUUCAGAUCGCUCCCGCUGCUUGCGGCUCCCGGGGACAGACCCUAAAGCUGGCUACCUUUUCACUGGGUUGCUAGCCCCGAGCUUCCGAGUCUUGCGUGCGGGCAACGGAGCCGAAGAAGAGCCCAGUGCCAUGACGGAAGGCCAGGCGCUCCCCGGAGUCGGGGACUGGGAGAUCGACGUGGAGAGCCUGGAGCUGGAGGAGGAUGGCCGUGGCACUCCGCCGCGGGCCACGCCGCGGGGACCCGGGCCAUCGGCGGCCGACGGGGACGGCGAGGAAGACGAGGACGAAGACGAGGAGGAGGACGACGACGCGGAGGACGAGGCUGACGGCGAGGAGGCCGGCGCGUCCCCGGAGGUGGCGGGCCGGCCGGAGCAGCCCGGGGGACCGGCGCCCAGGCCACCCCCGGCGGCCCAGGCGCUGCCAGCCGCCGCCGCCGCCGCCGCGGCCCCCGAGCGCGGUGCCAGCGCGGGGGGCGGCGGCGCCGAGCCGCGCAAGCUGAGCCGCACGCCCAAGUGCGCGCGCUGCCGCAACCACGGCGUGGUGUCCUGCCUCAAGGGCCACAAGCGCUUCUGUCGCUGGCGGGACUGCCAGUGCGCCAACUGCCUGCUGGUGGUAGAGCGCCAGCGCGUCAUGGCCGCCCAGGUGGCGCUCAGGAGGCAGCAGGCCACCGAGGACAAGAAGGGGCUUUCGGGGAAACAGAAUAAUUUCGAGCGGAGAGCAGUAUACCAGAGGCAAGUCAGGGCGCCGAGUUUGCUGGCCAAAAGCAUUUUAGAAGGCUAUCGCCCAAUAACGGCGGAGACUUACCUAGGAGGGACUCUUCCUCUACCUCCACCUGUUAGUGACAGAAUGAGGAAGAGAAGAGCCUUUGCUGACAAAGAGUUGGAGAACAUCAUGCUGGAGAGAGAAUAUAAAGAGAGGGAGAUGUUGGAAACCUCCCAAGCUGCUGCCUUGUUCCUGCCCAACCGUAUCGUGCCUGGACCUGAAUACAGCUCCUACAAAAGUGCCUACAGCCCCACCGCAGGGGAGCCGCCGAGCAAGGACUUCUGUAACUUUUUACCAACCUGCCUUGAUCUCACCAUGCAGUAUUCAGGGUCUGGGAAUAUGGAACUGAUUUCUUCUAAUGUCAGCGUGGCCACAACUUACAGACAAUAUCCCCUGUCCUCGAGAUUUUUAGUUUGGCCCAAGUGUGGUCCCACUAGUGACACCCUUCUCUACCAGCAGUACCUGUUAAACACCACCACUUCCGUGCAAGCCCUGAAGCCUGGGGUCAGCUGGGACUUGAAGGGAACCCGAGUUCAGGACGGGCUUAAUGCAGAACGUGACAUGAUGCCACCGAAACUGGAAGGCUCCCUGGUGCCCCCUCAUCUACCCGAGGUCUCAUCCUCAAGAACUGACCUCCAGGCUCACCAGGUCGUCCCAGAGAGGUCUGCCUUCUCCUCACCGGGGCGGAAUUUCUCUCCCAUUGUUGAUAUGGACUGCCUGGCAGCUCAAGGGCACGUCUUAACCAAGAUCAGUAAAGAAAACACCAGGCACCCUCUGCCACUUAAACAUAAUCCAUUCCACUCAGUAUUCCAGCAGACGCUCAACGACAAACCAGGCCCUGAGUUGAAAACACCAUUUGUCAAAGAAGCCUUUGAGGAGACCCCAAAGAAACACAGGGAGUGUUUGGUCAAGGAGAACCAGAAGUACACAUUUACAAUAGACAGAUGCGCCAAAGACCUCUUCGUAGCCAAACAAGUUGGAACGAAACUCUCAGCAAACGAGCCGCUGUCAUUUUCUGUUGAAUCUAUUCUUAAGAGGCCGUCAUCUGCCAUCACUCAUGUCUCUCAGUGAAAGGCUGCUUAGAUGGAAAGCUGGAUUUUCUCCUGUCUCAGAGGGUUCUUUGCAGAUGCCUUUUCGGGUUUUAAAGUUAAGAUGUUUGUAUAAGGAAAUUUUUAAUGAAAAUGAUGAUUCCAAAAACCCUAUCUAUUUCCUUUGCAUGUAUCUUUUCUUAUCACAUGAGUAUAUUUAAAAGAUGAAAACUGCUUACUAUGCAAAUUGUAAGGUUCUAUGCUUUACACAGCACUCCAAAAAGCAAUAAAAAGAACAACAUUUUCUAAAGACCCACUAUUUGUUGAAGCAGACAGCUGUCUCUGUCUAGAUGAAAAAGCUUGUGUCUUAGAAAUGCAUUCUUUAUUUUUCUGGGGGGGGUUAUGUACUUUCAAGCACUCUUAAUGGUUCUUGUCUCAAGAGAAUGCCUAUAAGCUUAUAAUGCUUUUGUUUGUAUUGU